AUGGUGCUUGCUGCCCUCCCCAACCCACCCAAAACAAUCUUUCAGAAAACAAUCUUUAACAGCAAGGGAGAGGAUCGUUAUUUCACUUGUGUUGAAUACUCUCCUACUGCUGAGGCAUUGUUGACCGGUGGUACUGACGGCUUACUACGGUUGUGGUUACCCCACAAUAACAAAUCCUGCCAAAAGGCAUUGGUGGGACACGUCAGGCCCAUUACACACAUUGUUGUAAACAAAAUGGACCGAAACGUCAUCACUUUAUCUGAUGACAAAAAUGUUCGUGUUUGGUCUUUGAAAAGACUCAACUGUAUGCAGAGCAUCCAGGUUCAAGGCAUGAGACCAUGCCACAUCACCAGUAUGUGUUACAACAUAUACAACAAUGAUUUAGUCCUGGCUAACUCACAUAUAGGAAGAUAUUUUGGUAGGGGAACAGAUGUUUUUAAAGAAACAUUAACAUCCCAUGACAAGCCCCUGUGCAAUGCUCUUUAUCACAGCAUUUACAAAAUGGUUGUGUCUGUUUGUCAAAAUGGUGAGGUUACAGUGUGGGAUGUCUUAUCAGGAAAGGCUCUCGUGCAGUUUGAGGUUUCUCCAUAUGGGGGGCACACUGCCAUUGCAUUUGAUGUACCACAGCGUAGACUAAUCACAGUUUCCAAGGAUGGGAAAUUAAAACUGUGGAACUUUAACAAUGGAACUUUGCUUGAAGAGUUUCCUGUUACCUUGCCAAGUGAGGUGACAGGUAUUGUCUGUGUAGACGAUAGUGUGUUUGUGUCGGGAAGGAACUCCAACAUCAUUUUUGACUUGGACUUGAAUGGUUAUGACCACGGAUUUUUGGAGCAUGAUUGUUUAAAGGACAUUUGCUCAAUGGAUGUGCACACCACAACACUUGUUGCUGCCUCUUGCAAUGGAAAUAUUGUAUUCUGGGAUAUCGAAUCUAGAGAGGUUCUCCACUGGCUGAAUGGCAGACUGGACUGCAAAAUCCAGCUGUGGAAAAACACAGGUGACCACAUAGGAUUAUUUGGGAAAGACGAAUGGGAUGCUGCUGCCAAGCAAGCCAUCAUUGCAGAGAAGGCUGCAAAGAAGGCAGAAGAAACAAAGAAGGCAGAAGAAACAAAGAAGGCAGACUCACAGAUAUCCUUUAAGAAUGUGCAGCAACCAAAAUCAAGGUUUGUCGACUACUCUGUUAAAGACACUAUUCUUAGACAAACAUGGAGCCAAAAACUCAUCUACAACAACGAGCAAAUAUACUUUGAUCACGACUAUUCCCCCGAGUUACAAAAGAAGAGAGCACAAGUGAGAGGGGUCAUCACACAACUAAAAGACAAGAACAUCAAGGCUAAAUGCCUCUAUCCAGCACAACUAAAAGUCACCUUGAAAUCCGGUGAACGGACCUACCCAACGCUCACAGAUGCUCUUCCGACCCUCGCGGAGUUUAACAUCCAUCCACGAGUCGACGAAAGGGCGCAGAUGGAAGACGAGAUGGCCCGCUACAGGUUGAACAGUGUGGGUAAGAGACGAGAGGAAAAGGUCGGAGGGCUACCAAUCGCGGAUCCCAGGGCCUUCUUCAAUGAAGCAGAGUGA